ACUCACCAACACAAUGAUUGAGCUGCUGACUGGAGAGACUCCUAUAAGGUGUCAGGAUAUUGCCAUCUAUUUCUCCAUGGAGGAGUGGGAGUAUUUAGAAGGACACAAAGAUCUGUAUAAGGACACAAUGAUGGAGGAUCACUGGCCCUUCACAUCAGCAGUUAAGGAAGAGAUAAGAACACCAGAGAGAUGUAUCAGUCCUCUUCCACAGGAUGGUUCAGAAGAACAUCACAAUGUCCAACAGGAUGAUAUGGUAGAUGGAAAUAAGGACAUUAAGAUUGAGGAUCACUGGCCCUUCACAUCAGCAGUUAAGGAAGAGAUAAGAACACCAGAGAGAUGUCCCGGCCCUCUUCUUCCACAGCAUGGUUCAGAAGAACAUCAUAAUGUCCAACAUGAUGAUAUGGUAGAUGGAGAUAAGUACAUUAAGAUGGAGGAUCACUGGCCCUUCACAUCAGCAGUUAAGGAAGAGAUAAGAACACCAGAGAGAUGUAUCAGUCCUCUUCCACAGGAUGGUUCAGAAGAACAUCACAAUGUCCAACAGGAUGAUAUGGUAGAUGGAAAUAAGGACAUUAAGAUUGAGGAUCACUGGCCCUUCACAUCAGCAGUUAAGGAAGAGAUAAGAACACCAGAGAGAUUUCCCGGCCCUCUUCUUCCACAGGAUGGUUCAGAAGAACAUCACAAUGUCCAACAUGAUGAUAUGGUAGAUGGACAUAAGGAAGUUAAAAUGGAGGAUCACUGGCCCUUCACAUCAGCAGUUAAGGAAGAAAAAGGAACACCAGAGAGAUGUCCCAGUCCUCUUCUUCCACUGGAUGGUUCAGAAGAACAUCACAAUGUCCAACAAGAUGAUAUGGUAGAUGGAGAUAAGGACGUUAAGAUGGAGGAUCAAUGGCCCUUCACAUCUGCAGUUAUGGAAGAGAGAAGAACAUCGGAGAGAUGUCCCAGUCCUCUUCUUCCACUGGAUGGGUCAGAAGAACAUUACAAUGUUCCACCGGAUGAUCAGGUUCUGAAUCCGAGUGAAGAUCUGAACAUCAUAUAUGUUACAGAGACAUAUGUGAAGGGUGAUGAGCAGAAUAUAGAGGACAUUCCUACAGAUAACCGCCCAGAUGACUGUACCAGGAGCUCAGAUGGACAUUGGAUUACAUUAGCUUUGGAGGCAACUGCUCAUGAUAUUACCCAAGCAACAUAUGAAGCUAUACCCUCAGCCCUUCACAGCCAAGAUCUUUCAUUUGAUAUAUUUCCGCAGGUCCAAUCUUCUGAUUCAUCACAGACUGUAACUCAAAAUAAAAGCGGAAGAAGUUCUGACACGAGAGCUGACACAAAGAUUAAGUUGUUUUCGUGUUCAGAAUGCGGAGAAUCGUUUAACCAUGAAUUAGAACUUCUUCAACAUGAGAGAAGCCACACAGACGAGAAGCCGUUUUCAUGUUCGCAAUGUGGGAAACGUUUUGCUUUCAAAAAAACUCUUGUUGCUCAUGAAAAGAUGCACAUUGAAGAGAUGGCGCAGAGUAGUGACACAGCGAAGGAGCCAAUCUCAUGUUCUCAAUGUGGAAAAACUUUUAUCAUAAAAGCAAAUCUUGUUGCACAUCAGAGAAUUCACACAGGAGACCUGCCAUUUCCUUGUUCCGAAUGUGGGAAAUUAUUUAUCACUAAAUCAAAGCUUAUGGCACAUCAGAGAAUUCACACAGGGGAGAGGCCAUUUGUGUGUUCAGAAUGUGGGAAAAGCUUUACUCAGAAUUCUGAUCUUGUUAGACAUGGGAGAGUUCACACAGGGGAGAAGCCAUAUUUAUGUAAAGUAUGCGGAAAAUCUUUUUCUCGGAAAACAUAUCUUGUUGAUCACCAGAGAACCUUUCACAAGGGAAAAGUACAUUUAUGAAUGUGGGAAGCAUUUUACCCAAAAAUCACAUCUUUUUAAUCUUCAAAGAACUCAAGCAGGGAUGCGGUCAUUUUCUUUUUUUAACUAACAUGUCAUGCAACAGAAAGGAAAGGCAAUUAAGGCAGACCACAUCACUGCUGCGGGCCUACAGGUGAACUUUCUGUUAGUUUGCAACUUAAAUCCCAGAUAAUUACCUGUAUCCACCACUAGAGGGAGCUUGGUAAAAAAGAGAUUUUUACAGUUUGCAUUGGGCUCAAUGGAAGUUGUAUUUAUUCCUAUUCUGUUCAGAAGAGGCAAAGGAAUUAGAGCUGUAGAGAGGAGAUUUGGCAAUGUCAGUUGUCUGGAGUAAAUAAAUUCAGAAAUCAGAAUAUAAAUAUAUAAG